AUGGAUACAGCAAUGACCAGCCUCCCCCCGGGGGUGGGCAAAUUUCUCAUGCAAAACAUCGCAGUAAUUGAGAUCAUAUCCAUGUUCGCAAUUGGCUCAUACAAUGCACUCGAAGUGGGAAUUACCACCUUCGAUUGCUUCAAACACUACCGCGGACUAUAUUUCUGGAGCAUGCAGGUUGCCUCGUGGGGAAUCCUAUUACAUGCGAUCCCCGCCCAGGUCCGUUACCUUUCAGUAGCACCCAACUUGCCCUUGGUUAUUCCAUUCAUCAUCGGCUGGUAUGCCAUGGUGACGGGGCAGGCAGUCGUGCUAUAUUCCCGAUUACAUCUUGUCGUUAACGAUGUGAGCAAUUUACGCUGGGUGCUAUGGAUGAUUAUCUGCAAUUUCUUCGUGCUACAGGUCCCAAUGACAGUCCUCUUUUUCGAAAUGAACUUCGGAAAUACAUCCCUCGCCCGAGCUGCGGCAGUCUACGACCGCAUCCAGUUGGUGGGAUUCUGUCUGCAAGACUUCAUCAUCAGCGGAAUCUACAUCCGCGAAGCCUUGCGAGCCCUUCAACCGGUCUUUGAGAUACGCGGCCGCGAAGGGCGCAAAGUGAUCCUCAACCUGAUCGUGAUUAACGUGAUAGUAGUGAUAAUGAACGUCCUACUACUCGUGACCGAGUUCAGGGCGCACUUUAUCCAGGUCAGCUUCAAAACAGUGGUCUACAGCAUCAAGCUGAAGCUCGAAUUCAGCGUUCUCACUCGUCUUCGGAGCCUCACUCGAACAUACCCUUGCGUCUGCCAAAACCAACCCGGCAGUCCGCGUCGAUCGAAUGACGUGAAUAUAUUCGAUAUGGUAUCAGCACAGUCGCGUGCAAUGCCAGAUAUUGAAGCACCAUCUAUUUCCCCGCCGAUCGGGCCCACGCGGCCGUCUUCCAUACACAAUGCCACCCUCGACUUCCACGGAGCGCUGCAACAGACAGCGUCGAAUGAGAACAAUCAUUUCAAUCUCCAUUCUCCCACUGGAUCCGUUCUCUCUCCUAUUUCUCUUUCUCUUUCCUCGGGCGGUUCCCCAACACAUUACUGCGUCGGUUCUGGGUCGACAAGCUCGACGGUGGAGAUGUGUCUACUCGAGACACUAAAAUAA